GGCAGAGAUAAGAAGACAAGUAGGGAGUGGGGUUGGGAUUUUGGGGGAAUGCCGGGAAAUUUGGCAAUGGCAGUUAGCGAUUCAAACUUUUCCGUUUGAUUUCAUUUCCCUCCUCUCUCUCUCUCUCUCUCUCCCACCCAAUUCGGCCAGGCUCCCAAAUUCAAAACCUUUUCUCCUUGUCCAUUUCCAAUUUCCCACCUCAAAACCCUAAUCAUACUUUCCAUCUCUCUCCAGUCUCCAUCCCCAAUUCUCCUUUUAAUCUGAGUUGAUCGUUUACCUGUUCCUCUAAAGUCUAAACUAAUCAGCCGCCGCCCCACUCCCCUACUGUCACCUCUCCAAUCCUUGUGCCCUAUUGUCUUCCUUCUUUGAUCACUUUCUUUCUCUUCCUUGCUUAUUAUCUCCACUAACUGUUCUUCGUGUUUUUCGCCGGAAGUGAGUGUCUAGCCGUCUUGGAUCAAUAAGAUGGAUCAGAAUUCUCCAAAUGCCCUGAUUGCAGAUGUUGUAGUCUCCCCAGAGAAGGAAGCUAUGGAUCUUCAACAAACCAUGCCUGAUUCCAUAUCCGAGGCGGAGGAAGUCUAUGCAACUUACGAAACCGAUUCUCCUUUGCUGACUCCUGAUACAAAGCUGGGUGGAAACAAGGUCCGUCGUGAACUUGCAUCUGGCAGUUCUGGUGGUGGUGCCAAUAGUUCUGAUAUCUCCUUGAAGGAUGGAUCUGAAUCAUCUGUGUCACUCUCAGACUCUGACUCUGAAUCUUCCAACUCUAGCAACGGCUACUAUAGUCUCCCGAAAAAAACUGGUCGGAAAGGAGUGUCGUACCAGCUAGGGAAUGAAGAUAAGGUAGAGAUGGGUGCCGCUGAUGGAAAGAAUGCAACUUAUGAUGAACUGCUCAGGAAAGUAGCCAUGUAUGAGAGUGAGCUGAAGCUUUCAAACUUAAAGCUGCAGAAGUCAGAGGAAGAGGUUUCCUGGUUGAAGAAUGAGCUGACGAACGGUACAGAAAGUAUGCAGUCUCAACUCCUAUCUGCUCAAAGAGAGAUCAAAGUUAGAGAAGAGGAUCUUGAAGUUGAAAGGAGAAGAGUUGUGGAGCUGGAGAAUAGAAUAGCUGAAGGUGCAUCAGAAGUUCUGCAGCACCAGCUGGAGUUGGCUAGAGAAGAGAUAACAGCAUUGAAGGAAAGCAACUUGAGUUACAGAGAUCAACUCUCGAACCAAGAUGAAGAGUCAAAGGCGCUGAAAGCUGCAAUGCUUGGCGUGGAGGUGAAAUUCCGUGCUGAAAGGUCAGAAUUGCAGUCUCAUAUAUCAACCAUGUCAGAACAACAGAUGGUGCUGGAGGCAAGCAUCGAACAACACGAAGCAGAGAAAAUGGAGAUGAAAACUUCGCUUGAUGCUCAGGCGAUUCAGUUUGGAGCAGAGAUAAAUCAACUGAAGGCAGAGCUCACUAACAGAAGUGAAGAAGUGGAAGGCUUGAACAAGAACUUCGACACCUUAAAGCACAAAUACGACAUUGUCGUGGUGGAGAAAGAUGAGCUGAUUGCUACGGUGAACACCACGAAAGCUGAGCUGUGUUGCCAAGAGGAACUGAGAAGGGAAGUUGAGGAGCAUCUGAAAAGGUUGAAUCUUGAGAACGGGGAUUUGAUUGCUGACUGUGAGAGUGGAAGGAAGUUGGGAGAGGAACUGAGAAUGAGAGUGGUGGAGUUGGAGAAGGAAGUGGACAGUCAAAAGGUUGAGCUUCUAGCAGGUGCUGAGGAGAAAAGGGAGGCAAUUAGGCAGCUUUGCUUCUCUUUGGAGCAUUACAGGAGUGGUUACAAAGAGCUUCGUGAAGCGUUUAUUGGACACAAAAGGCUUCGUGUUGUAGCCUAGCAAGGGACAGAGAAGGAAGCUAUGGAGUAUGUUGGUGAACUGAACUGAAAUGAAGCUGCUUCUGGUCGUUGAAGUUUGUUUAUGUUUUCAAUAGUGAUAUAUGUAAUGUGAGACAGGUUUGGCUGGGAAAGCAUUAAGGUUUAUGAAAAGACCCUCUUUUUCUGUUAUUUGGGGAAACGAUGGGCAAGGGAACUUGCCAUAGUGAUGCAAGAUGUGGGGGUUGGUUGGAUGGUUGGUCUUCAAAUUUCAGUUUGAAGUUGUGAGAUAGCUUUAUUUGUUUACUCUAAAUAGUGGGUAUGAUAAAAAAAAAAAAACUUGCAAAAUUUCAGCUCGUAAGAUAAUCGUUU